GUGACAGAGAUGGACCCCCUGGAGGUUCCCCCUCUAACCCCAACCAGUAAGGAGGUUUUAUGCGAGGCCCUGAGCGCAACUUUUGCCGGUUUCACUCAGGAGAGGCUCACGCAUCGCUUCCCGCAAGACGUGACUUUAUGGUCCGAGUGGGAGGUGAACCACUGGCUGGACUGGUGCCGGGCCGAGUUUGGGCUGCAUUCGCUAGGGUCAGACCUGAAGGGCCUGCAGGGUCACGAGCUGUGUGGCCUUGACCGUGACGCGUUCCUGGGCCUCACGUCUGACUACACGGCUGGAGAGAUCCUGUGGGAGCACCUGGACAUCAUGAGACGCGAGAAUGACUGCAAUGCUGCACAGAUCGCGUGCACAGAAUCAUCUCUCUGCCAGCUUCAUAGCGUUAAAGACAAGCAAAGCUACCAAGUGGAGUACCUUGAGAGGACACAGCACAAUUCUGUGGAGGAAGCCCAGCAUCAAUACUAUCUGCUCAAAAGCCAACAUCCAAACAGGAACAAUCAGGCUUCUGAGACAGCAACAAACAGCGAGAGCGACUCCGAAGCAGAGACGUUUCCCAGCGGGAACUUGAUGUGGACCGGCACCGGGGUUCAGUGUGAAGACAUAUUCACUUUAGCACAUCCGUACAAAAGCUUCAAGGAGUAUGUGGAAGACAAGACCGAGGUGGGCAAUGCGGUGAUACCGGCAGCCAUCCUCGCUGGUUACACGGGAAGUGGUCCCAUUCAGCUGUGGCAGUUUUUACUGGAGCUGCUGACCGACCGCAGCUGUCAGUCAUGUAUCAGCUGGACAGGAGACGGCUGGGAGUUCAAGCUGACCGACCCGGAUGAGGUGGCGCUGCUCUGGGGUCGUAGGAAGCACAAGCCCAAGAUGAACUACGAGAAGCUGAGCCGCGGCCUGCGCUACUACUACGACAAGAACAUCAUCCGCAAGACGGCGGGCAAGCGCUACGUCUACCGCUUUGUAUGCAACCUGCAAGGGCUGCUGGGAUACGAGCCAGGCGAGUUGCACGCCAUGUUGGACAUCAGCGCCAAGGCCCGCUAACGAACACGUGAGCGCGAGCAGCAUUGUCACUUUACAUACACAUCAGCUAUGUGCACAUGGACACAUUUAAUCGGGUUAAGAGCCUAACCGGAAUAAAAAUGCUUCAUGUAAACAUGCCAUUCGGAAUAUUAUGACCCGAUCACGGACAUUCGAAUCAAAAUUUCAUUCUAAACGAGACGGGUGGUUUAUCCCGAAAGUCAUUCGGAUUGUAGCGCUUCAAAACACAUCUUCCGUUACUUUUUGUGCCACAGUGGUGUUCGGCGAUGGAUUCCUAUAACCUGCACUCAAUCCACUCGCUGCAUGUUCCUUUUGAUCAGAGGGAGAAGACACUUUGUCAGACACUCUUUUCAAUAUUCCACCUGUCACAUUUAUUUGCAUCAACACAAAGACAUAUACUUACAGAGCCUCUCUGGGUUGUUGUCGACACAACACCAACUUUUGCUGGAUCGUGUGUGGGCAAGCACUUCGACAGUCAAAUUUUGUUUCGGAUGACUUUCUCUGUCUCUUUAUUGAUGACUUUACAUGUCUCGUCUGAGCAUAGUGCUGACCAGUGAUUUAACCAAACAGAUUUGAUCAGUGACAAAGCAAAAUCCAUUACAGUCUAUUGAAGAACAAAAUUUGCCUGUCUAAUUCCUGUUUCCUCUAUACUGAUACUAGAUCAGGGGUGUCAAACUUAUGGCGGAUGAGUUUGUCAGGUAUAAAAAUGAGCCUAAAUGUUUUAAUUAAAGAAACCGCUGUUCUAAAUGUG